CUCUUUACUAGGCUGAAAAGAGUCAAGUGUUUUUCCUUUCUUUCCUUUUCUUAGUUAAGACCAGUCUUGGUGACUUGAGGGACUGAGAGCAAAUGAGAAAUACACCGAUAAAGCGAUUCUUGGAACCCAAUCAUUUAAUGCCAGUCUUAUCGCAGCUUUAUAUUUCCUUCCAACCUUUUUUUGUAAAUUUCUAGCUCGGUAGCUUGCAAGCUAACUACGUAUUUUUGGAAGUCGAAAGCUAAAAGCUAACUACUUAUGAUGGUCUCCAUUGGAGGCAGCGCUGCAUGAUCCAGCAGUGGGACAGUUGAUUAAAUUGAGCAGAUAUGUUUCGGGAUCUCGGUUUCGCCCGUCUAGCUGCCGCUGACUGAUUGAGCGGAGAAGCCAUUGCACUGUUAGGUCUCCUCUCCGAGCAGCACCAGCUAAACGUCCUGAGCCUCCAUUAGUGACAGUACGGCUUCGCCGCUGGUCCAUGUCCAGACAUAAGCGGAGAAGCUCCGUCCAGGUUUUUUUUUACUGGCUUCUCAAGCUACAGACCUAAACGUGUGGAUUUUUUCCCUCUUUCAGGGCGAGCUAGAGCUCCUAGUUUUGUGGGAUGUUUCUGUCUUUUUGCUUUUGAGAUUGCACUUAGACUUCCUUCUUUUUGUCUCCCGGUCAGCCGCACACUGUCGCGGCAGCAAGGCUGAGGUUUUGGAAGGGGCUGUGUUGUCAGUGCCAUGAAGUCAGUUGCCUGUGGAAGUCCAGAGUGAUGGAAGUUCUACAGUGCGAUGGCUGCCAUUUCCGGGCUGAUUCAUACGAUGACCUCAAGGCACACAUCCAGGAUGUUCACACAGCCUUCUUGCAACCAACAGCGGUCGGAGACAGGAGCCCAGAGCAUUCUGGCUCCAACUCUCUCAACUCGCUCCACCAAACCGAGGAGGACGAGCAAGCCGAGCUCCAUUCCUUGGACCUGGACCCUGAACCUCUUACUGGUUCAUCACAGACUACUCACAAACGAUCAGUGAACCAGCCCUCUAGGUCUACAACUCAGUUUUUCCAGUGCAAAUUUUGUGUACGUUACUUUAGAUCAAAAUCACUCCUUAACGACCACACCAAAAGAGUACAUGCAGUUGUCAGUGCAGCAUCUGAGGGUAGUUCAUCACCCCCACAAACCUCUAAGCAAACUAGCUACAGCAUUCUCAUGCAUGAAGGUAUGAGGAAGGUGUUCUCCUGCCAGUACUGCACAUACAAAUCUCCUCGACGUGCUCGGAUUUUGAAACACCAGAAGAUGUUUCAUAAAUAUAUCCUUUUGGACUCUCCUGAUAACGAAUUAGCCACAAAUUCAGUUAUGCUGCCUACCCAGGAAGCCAGUUUGGAAUUACCAGAGGCGGUAGUACAACGUAGCAUUUUGGAAUCAAUGGUCAAACCUCUUACAAAAUCCAGGGGGAACUUUUCCUGUGAGUGGUGCGGAUACCAGACACUUCGACGAGAGCGCUGGUGUGAUCACAUGAUGAAAAAACACCGCAAUAUGGUUAAGAUAAUGUCAUCAAUCCAACAGCAAGAUGGGGAUACUAGUAUCGAUUCUCCCAAACCCAGCUCACUUCAUUCUCCCAGUAGUAGUCCCAAUUCUGGAUUGCCAUCCAGUAGCUUGAAUGGUAAAGACGUGUCACCUGGCAACACUGGCUUUAUGGGCUCCUCUGAAAGUGCAGCACGGUCCACCCCUGCACAAGUGGAUGGUUUUUCAUCUUGCGAGUAUUCUCAGAAGAAAUCUAAGAUACCCAAUAGUACAGGAACCUCUACUUUAUCAGAGAGACCAACAUUUGUUAUGUCUGAUGUAUCUAACUCAGCAGGGGACUUUGAGAAAAGCAGUGUGCAGGGUGAUUCCAGAAGUAGCUCAGAUGAUGAAGCAGAAGAUAUGGAUGAUACUCUUGCUCAUUUAUCUGAUGAUUCUAAAAAACAGCUGCUGUCUGAUGAGGAGUAUAAGAUACUUGAAACAAAGGGAAUACCAUUCAAGAAGCAUAUGAACAGAUUCCAAUGUCCGUUUUGUUCAUUCUUGACCAUGCAUCGUCAGAGCAUUUCUCGUCACAUCGAAAAAAUCCAUCUCUCUGGCAAGAAGACUCUAUACAAAUGUGACAAAUGUCCCUUCAUAUGCACUAAUCCACUCAGACUUGGCACUCAUAAGCAGUGUCAUGUGGAGACAUCCUCUGAAUGGGAAAACAUGGAUGACAGUCUGUACAUCCAAGAUGAAGAGCCAAUGAAUGGAGGAAAUGUCAGCUCCAAAGUCUCCAGCAAAAAAUCCUGUGGAAUAGCGGAAAUCGAUCCAGAGAAGUCCUAUCACUGCUCCCUCUGCAGCUACUCUACAACCACACUGAAAGGACUUCGUGUUCACCAGCAACACAAGCAUUCUUACUGUGACAACAUGAAGGCAGACCCUCUUGAUGGUUCACCAAAUGAGCAGCUGCACUCUGAACAUGAAAUCUAUAGUUCUUCAAGCUAUGUGAAAAAGACCCAAACAUCUAUUCUUGGAUUUUCAUCAAAAAAGCUUGUUGUCAAUAAGAGCGCAAGGAAAUCAAUCAAUGACUCCCCCCUCGAUUUAUCUCCGGUUAAGAAGAGAACCAGAAUAGAUGAAAUUGCAAACAAUCUACAAAGUAAAAUCAGCCAAAGCUCACAAAGGGAUGAGGCCAUUAUUAACCUAGAGGAGAUGGAUGAGGAAGAGGAAGAGGAGGAGAAUGGUGAAAAUGAAACGGAUGAAGACAAAGUUGACGUUGAAGUCGCGCAACUGUCAAAGAAACACUGCAUCUCUCGGCCACGUCGGAAGUACUCCAGAAAGAUGAAGGGUACCCAAGAGGAGGGAAAACGGAAGCUUUUCCUUCACGAGAAACUGAAGUCUAGUAGCACGUUGAUUCAGUUGACAAUUUCAGAUGAUGACGACAAUGAAAACGAGUGUGCCUCCUCAGCUGGGUCUAAAAGCUUGCAGGAUCAAGCUGAAAAAGACAGUGGAGGGGAGGUUUUCCGGCAUGGCAGUGAUUACAGUGAUGACACAGCCACCCUAUUUUAUUGCAAACAUUGCGAGUAUCAGAAUAAAUCAGCACGCAGUGUCAGCACUCAUUAUCAAAGAAUGCACCCAUAUAUCAAGUUUAAUUUCCGAUACAUUUUAGAUCCUGAAGAUCAGAGUGCUGUUUUCCGGUGUUUGGAGUGCUUUGUAGAGUAUACAACCUUUGAUGAUCUUAAUCAGCACUACAUAGAGCAUCACCCUGAAGCCAUGAAUGUGCUCAACUUCAAUCAGCCAGAUCUGGUGUAUAAGUGUCGAUUCUGCUUGUAUACCAGUCCAAAUGUUAGAAGUCUGAUGCCGCAUUAUCAAAGAAUGCACCCUACAGUGAAAAUAAACAACGCCAUGAUAUUUUCCAGCUAUGUUGUUGAGCCACGUCACAAAGAUUCCAUUGAGUCACAAACACUGAGGGAGAUCUUAAACUCUGGUCCCAAGAACUUUUGUAAUUCUUCAAGUGGAUCCAAAUCAUCUGUGCAGUUUAGUCCAGUCCAUAAGAGCUUCAAAAGUCAAGAGUACUACACGGAGACAGAAGUCAUGAAAGAAUCUGUGGUUAACAAUGUAGUGGUGUAUGACUGUGACGUCUGCUCUUUUGCCAGUCCAAACAUGCAUUCUGUCCUGGUUCAUUAUCAGAAAAAGCAUCCAGAGCAGAAGGCAUCGUACUUUCGUAUUCAGAAAACAAUGAGGAUUGUCUCUGUAGAUAGAGCUCAAGCUUCAAAUAAUGACUCGCCUGAUGCGAGCAGCUCUGAUUCCUUGAAGACAUCCAAUGUGAUUCCUAUGGGAGUGGAUGAAGAUAUUUACUACUGCAAACACUGUGUGUACAGUAACCGGUCAGUUGUAGGUGUGCUUGUCCAUUACCAAAAGAGGCAUCCAGAAAUAAAAGUGACUGCAAAAUAUAUCAAGCAUGCUCCCCCUACCUCUGGUCUAAUGAAGUUAAUGGAGGAGUUGCAGAUUGCACCGCCAAAACAAUUCUUGAAAUCAAUCAGCAAUAAUGGGGUGGAUAAUUCUUCCCGUACCAAGUCUGGUGGUGACAAAGGAGAGUUGGAAAUGCUGUAUUUUUGUCAGCAUUGUGACUAUGGGAACCAAACUGUCAAAGGAGUCUUGAUCCAUUACCAGAAAAAACACAGAGAUGUGAAAGCAAAUGCUGAUUUGGUUCGAAGACAUACUGCUGUAGUGCGGAGUCAGCGAGAGAGAGCUCAGUCCAAUAAUUCAUCUGUCCCUGCUGCCAUUUCUGAUUCUGAGGCGACGAGGCCACUUCGGGCCUUAAAGUGCAGGCACUGCACUUACACAUCUCCUUAUAUAUACGCGCUGAAGAAACAUUUAAAGAAGGACCACCCAACAGUGAAAGCUACAGCCACGACAAUUUUGCACUGGGCUUAUCAAGAUGGCAUAUUGGAGGCUGGGUACCACUGUGAGUGGUGCAUCUAUUUCCAUCCAGAACCAAAUGGACUUCUCAUGCAUUACCAAAAGCGUCACCCUGAGCACAAUGUGGAUUACACGUACAUGGCCACCAAAUUAUGGGCAGGACCCGACACCUCAGCCUCUCAGUCAGUAGGAAAUGCUGACUCCUCCAAGCAUUACCAAUGCAAAGAUUGUGCCUUUCAAGCCUGUUCCAUCUGGGACAUCACCAACCACUACCAGGCUGUUCACCCUUGGGCUGUCAAAGGUGAUGACUCUGUACUGCUUGAUAUCAUCAAAGGUAACCUGUCCUCAGAAAAAAGGCAGACUUCCACAAAAGAAGAUCUCUCCAUUAUUUCCGGCCAGUUUAACAGUCAUGCUUGUGAGCAGGGCCAAGAACAGUCAUUGGAUCUCGCUGGGCAGCUGACAAAAAUCGUCUCGCAUCAGUCAUUUCCCAGCACAUCAAUUUCAAAUAACCCAUAUCAGUGCACUGUUUGUUUCUCAGAGUACAACAGCCUUCAUGGUCUUCUAACUCAUUAUGGCAAAAAGCACCCUGGCAUGAAAGUAAAGGCAGCUGAUUUUGCACAGGAAACUGACAUCAAUCCCAGCUCGGUCUACAAGUGUCGGCAUUGUCCAUAUGUGAACUCUCGUAUACAUGGGGUGCUGACUCACUACCAGAAGAGGCAUCCUCAAAUUAAAGUUACUGCUGAGGAUUUCGCAGAUGACAUUGAAGAAGUUGCAGAUGCUAACGAAGGGGAAGAAAAGUACAAAUCUCAGAGGCAGGGGUUUGGUGCUUAUAGGUGCAAAAUGUGUCCAUAUACUCACGGAACAUUAGAAAAACUGAAGAUUCACUAUGAGAAAUAUCACAAUCAGCCAGCUUCAGAUAUGUUCAGGCCUACGUUUGCAGAUCUUUCUAGCAACAUGGAUGAAACGCAUGUUGAAAGUAGUCUAGCAGACGUGGAAGAUGCUACUGAUUUUCAUGCGGCAUUCUCUGAGUUUUCAGUUGACAAAGGUGAAAAGCAAUCAUUUAGAUGUCAACUUUGCAAGUAUUUCUGCUCCACCAGGAAAGGUAUAGCACGCCACUAUCGCAUUAAACACAACAAUGUCCGGGCGCAACCUGAGGGUAAGAACAAUGUCUUUAAGUGUGCUCUCUGCUCUUAUACAAACCCCAUUCGCAAAGGCCUGGCAGCGCACUACCAAAAGCGACAUCACAUUGACGCGUACUACACUCACUGCUUGGCUGCGUCUAAGACCGCCACAGAGAAGCCCAGUAAAGUGGUGGUUCCUGCAGCUGAAGAGCAAGGCCCCAUGCUGAGCGAGGAGCUCAGGGUUGCCGUGGAGAAGAGGAAAUGCUCCCUCUGUUCUUUUCAGGCUUUCAGCAGGAAGAGCAUUGUCUCCCAUUACAUCAAGCGUCACCCUGGCGUUUUCCCCAAAAAGCAGCAUUCUAGUAAGCUUGGGCGGUACUUCACUAUAGUGUACGACAAGGAACCUGAGAAUCCUGCCGAGGUGGAAGCAAAGAGGGCGACCGAGGAGCCCUGCGUGACGGAGCAGGAGGACGAUUCAGAGAGGCUGCCGUUCAAAUGCAGCAGGUGCUUCAAGCUGUCGUUCAAUACAGCCGAGCUGCUCUGCAUGCACUACACCGAGCAUCAUAGCAAGGACCUGAAGCGAGACUUCGCCACCCUGGCUGGCCCCACGGGAAAUGGCACCGACAACUACCAGUGUGCCCGAUGCGACCUCAAGUUCCUCAGUCUCCCAGAACUCGGUACCCACUUAGCCAGCCACAAUGAAGAUAUCCGAAAGCAGGUGGAGCGUCAAGAGAGAAGGAAACAGCUCCUUAACAAGCAGAAGGGAGCCGAACAGCUGGACGGCACCCCAGAAAAGCUGGAGAACCAUGCCAGUAAUGUCCCAAUAGGGUACAGGUGCAACUUUUGUGUGGAAGUCCAUCCCACUCUCAGGGCCAUCUGCAACCACCUGAGGAAGCAUGUCCAGUAUGGAGAGACCAAGGCAGGCCGUGUGAAGCAUGAAGUUCCAGAAAUACCAGUGUCUGCACCAGGCGACGGAGACCCGAAUGGUGACUUGGAAGAGGCGGAGCCCGUCACCCUCGGGUUGAGUCCAGUUUCGCCUGAGGCAGCCGCUGCCGUGGCAACUGACGCCAAGCCCGGAAUGGCGGAGCCAGAGCAGAGAUUGGGCAAACUGGUGGCCGUCAGCGAGAGGCGGGUGGAAAAGCGCGCAUGUGGCCAGUGCGACCGCGUGUUCAUGUCCAUGCAGGGUCUGCGUUCACACGAGAGGAGCCACACGGCAAUGGCAGCAGCCCUGAGCAGGCGGGAAGACAAGUACAUCUGCCAGUACUGCCCGUUCAGCUCCCCCUUCAGGCACAACCUCCAGCGACACAUUUUGUCGCACCAUCGACACCGCAAGCCCUUCCUCUCCAAGUCUGCCUACCUGAGCCGUUUCAAAAGCCACCUGAACAAAGCCCAUCCAGGUGAGAACACAUACAGGUGCUUGUCUUGCCCUCAGUCCUUCAUGACCAUCAGCCAGCUGAAGGAGCAUUCCCAGGAGAUCCACGGAGAGGUGCUCACCCUCCCCAGGCUCCGUGCUGCCACUCAGUCGACAGUCCGUCCGCAGCGGCCCGCCCGGAUGGGCGAGAAACUCCCCGUCACCAUCGACUCCACUGAUGCGACGUAUACAGACCCUGCGGAUGUGCAGCAGCAGCAGCGCAGCCACUACCAGCAGGUGGUGCAGUCUGCCACGCCCAGCCCAGCCCCGACGCCUGCAGACGCAGUGCUCACCUGUGAAUUCUGCGAGUUCAGCUCUGGCUACAUGCAGAGCCUGCGCAGACACUACCGCGACCGUCACGGUGGCAAGAAACUCUACAAGUGCAAAGACUGCUCCUACUUCACUUGCUAUAAGUCGGCGUUCACCAUGCACGUGGAGUCGGGUCACUCGGCGUUGCCGGUGGAGGGGCCCCGGGACCUGCACUGCCCACUGUGCCUCUAUCACACCAAAGUCAAGAGCAGCAUGAUUGAUCACGUCGUCCUGCACCGAGGUACACGCUGCCCGGCUCUGCGGCAGGGAUUACAGUCUCUUCUCUUACCGGCUCUUUCCCAUGGUGGCUUGACAGCUGAAGGAAAGAAGGCAGCCCAGGCGUCUCAGUUGACAGUUGAUUAUCCAUCCUUUGACUUUCUUCUUCCUCUCUCUCUCUCUGUGGCGUGUUUGUCGUCUCCAGAGGAGCGCGUUGUGCCGCUGGAGGUGUCCCGCUCCAAGCUGUCGCGGCAUCUCCAGGGCGUCGUGUUCAGCUGCCACAAGUGUACCUUCACCUGCUCUGGUGACGAGAGCCUGAAACAGCACCUGAACAAGCACGGCGAGCUGAAACCAUACAAGUGUCAGCUGUGUUUCUAUGACAGCGGGGAGCUGGAGGAGCUGGAAGCCCACCUGCGUGACGAGCACAAGGUGAUCUGUAAUUUUGAGCUGGUGGGCCGGGUAAACCUCGACCAGCUGGAGGCCAUGAUGGGCAAGCUGAGCAGCACAGAGGAGGAUGAAGAAGACCGGGAGGAGGAGGAGGAGGAAGAAAGAGAUGGGGAGCUAAAAGAAGCUGAGAAGGCUGAAGCCAAAGACGCUCCUGGCUCCCCGGGUAGUGAGAAGCGCUUUGCCUGCAAGUUCUGUGGUCGGGCCUUUACCAACAGCGCCGAGUGGGAACGCCACGUUCUCCGGCAUGGCAUGACUGUAGCUAACAGCAGGAUGAAGGAUGGCCUCUCUUCAGUGGCUGAGGCUUCCUCACAGACUGGGCUUGUAUCCCUGACUGCCAAACUGGAGAGACCCGACCCCAGCGAUGGCAUGGAGGUGGAGAGUGGAUCUUUAGAGCAGGAGAAGGCCUGUACUGAAAACGUGGAGAAUGAAGGAACAACAGAGACCAAAAAUUCUCCAUGAGAGAUGCUGGAAGGAAGGGGCUUCGAUGGGUAUUUGAAGAUGGGGAGUCGAAGGAGUUUAGGCUGAAGGGUAGUGGGGGGGGGGGGGGGGGGAAUCAGCCUGCAACUGCUUUACAGCUGAGCAAUGAAAAGAUGCACAGUCAGAAAAUAGGUGCAUUCUGAAGUCUUACUCGUUGAAAGUUACAGGAUACUGUGCAUCUUUCCUGUAGGUCACAAUGUGUAUUUUUUUUUCUUUUAAAGUGCUAAAGAGACAUUAUCUUGGUCCCAGAGGAUAAACACUAAUAUAUUGGUAGCCAAUAGUGAUAGUGAGUGGUACUGUAAUGGAGUUCAGGUUGAAUUCUCAGUCUGUUAGUACAGUAGGAACAUUAUUGAGUUCUGUUUGAGUUGGAAGCCUGUGUAUUUGCUGUCGUUUUUCCUUCUGUACUAUUUACUUGAACCACCAUCCCCACCUGCGGCGAUAAUUGCUUAAUUGUUCAGAAGGGUUCUUUUGUUAGGUUUUUUUUCUUCUUCUUUUAUGUUCCUGAUGUGCGGCUGCCUGCUACUGGUUUAGGUCAGUUGGGACCGAACACGCAUGGCUUGACUUUCUUCUAAAUUCAUGGUCCACGAGUUGGAGGUCUAGGCACCCCAGUUUUGAUAUCCUGUAGCGAUGUUCCUUGGAAGUUCGUUGCGUCUUGCUUUGUGUGCUUCUAAAGCUUUGACUGCCCCCCCCUUAAGUUUCUAGUACAAUUUCCACACUCUUUUGAGGAGUUUUUCUACAUAGUUUUCGUUUAUGCGCCCUUUCGAAAAACAUGGAGCUUUCAGCAGAAAUAAGAAAUGCACCCAAUUCGCUGUACCACACACCAGUUCUCAAUUACUUCCAAAAAGGGAUUCCUUCAUUGGUUAUCGAGUUCAGAUUGUAUGAAUACCCAGUUGUAAUGACUGUGUACUUUCAUUGUAGGCUCUUAUCGUCAAGAUGAUUUUCUGUUUAGUGUGUCGCUUCAAGGUUGGCGCCAGAAACCAAAAGAAGGAAAGAAAGGUUCUCACCUCAGGAAGCCACAUCUGCAAGCCCACAGUCCCUCUGAAGCCAAACUGAUUUGGAUGCAAAUGUUCGGACCGAAGAGCUUCAGUGACAAGCAGGUCUCCUUAUGUACUUUACUCGUCCGGGACACUCUAUUGCAGCUUUGCUGCUAAAAAUCUGGGGAUUUACGGGAAAAAAAAAAUAACGUUAACUGAGCACCUUGAUAUUGUAGCUGUAUUUGUUGUUGCUAUUGUUUUUUUGUAUUCUGUUUAUCCUGAGAUUAUUUUUUCAACCUGAAGUUCCUGAGCCUUGUCAUUAUUUCUGAGUAGUCAAAAGUUUGAUUAAACUGCUGCUCAAAUACCCUAAAGCCUUAAUAGUAAUUGUUAACUAUUGUUUAGUAUUUUGGCACUUUAUGAAAAUGUUUUGUUUCAACACCAGUAUGACCAAUAAGCAUUUUGUAACCAAUUCUCUUCACUUAAGACUGUCCUCCGCAAGCCGAAGUCCUGUUCACACAUGGUUUCCCCUCUAUAGAUGCAUAUAGACACACAAGUGCAAACGUUGGUGUUUGACAGGAACCUUCUAAUAUCUUUGUGGUUUCGUUCUCAUGAGAAGCAGAAAGCUUCAACCCUAUGCUAUUGCCGAAAAUAGAAAAUGUUCCUUUUUUUUCUUACAUUUGGUGGUGUUGGGGGGUAAAAACGGCAGCCCAGGUGGGUAUUUCCUGCGGGUGACUUACCACAGUCCCCAGUUCCUCCAAUAUAAGAAAUGCUUGCCUUUAUGAAAAUAAGUUUUAAUUAUAAAGAAAUAAGCUUUCAAGUGGCAGCUCCUUCUUGGUAGUUCCUUUGAUUAAAAACAACACACUGGAAAAUGUGUAUAUAUUUUGUUUAUUUUACUCUUCCUACCAUUGUUGGAGUUCUGCUAUAGUUUCUUUAGCUCCUGCAUCUUGCCUUUUGUCCUGUGGGAUUCAGAUUCCUGAAGGCAGAUUGUAAUGUUGUCUAGAAUGGUUGUUUACACUUUUAUUCAUUUUAAUUCUGGAUACUAUGUACAUAUUGUAAUUUGUUUGUCUUUUUUAACUUGUUAUUAAAGAUCUGAUAAUGUUA